UGGGAAUUCCAUCCAUCCGUUCCAAGCGAUACUCUUCCGUUUCUCGAUCUUCACCUGCGUUCUUCUCAGGACGACAUCCCUGAAGUGUCUUCGUUCAGUGUUUCCGCCCAAUUUUAGGGCCACACCACACCAUAAUCUUCGACACAGUCUACACGUGUUACGCUGGAAUCUUUCCGUCCCGACGAAGAGUUUUCACGGUCGAAGGAGACCCUUUCUCGAGAGCAUCGCCGCGCCAGGAGGGAAUCUUAUCCUGAAUUUCUGUCUGACACUGUACCCCGAACUAGCGGCUCUCUGCGUCCCCUCGAAUUCUUGCUGCACUUGUCGCAGCUCGCUGGACUGGUGACGCGUGCCUAAACCCAUUGACCGGUUCCUCGCACGUACGUACGUACGUUAUCAGUGGUGAGACUGAGCCUAGCCCUUGAGAACCACCGUCCUUCCGGCUACCCAGAUAACUCGCCCAACCUGAGUGUCCCGAAACAUUGUACCGUUUUGAAGCGAGUCACUCACUCUUCUCGCAACCCCGCGGCUUGGUGGCUCGAUGCACUGAAUUGAGCCCUGACAAGCAGAAAGAUUCGUCGUCGGAACGAAAACGAGGAGACAGACCGAGGGUGGUAGACGGAGGGAGAAGGUGCGACAAGGCCUGAUUGACCUCAACCCCAGCGAGCCACUCCCAGCUCGCGGUAUAAGUCUUCGCAGAGCUAGAUCUACUCAUCCAUCAGACAUUGGUCUUCCAGAUUUAUCCGAGUAAAGCAGGACCGUUGCACCGGUUGGACUCGAUUUCCUGACGCCACGAAGCAUCAGGGGGACAUUUGUCGGAGGAGCUUCUGGUGCAACUCCUUUCCACUAGAAUCGCCUUAGUAUCGCGCAUCAUAGUCAUCUCGUCCCUCCGCCUUCCACCGGAGACGUUAGUUCGCUCCUACAGGUGCAGCAUCCCGCUUCAGUAGUACCGUCUCUACUACACACGUCCUUUCGCUAACCGCUACGACUCAUGGCGUCGUCGAGCCUCACACUGCAGCCCGUGCGUUCCUCCACGGCACGCAACCCCCUCCGCGCAGCAGCUGCUGCUUCUGCUGCUGCCCCUGCCGCCGCUCCCCGUCGCACCAGCAGCGCCACCGACCCACUGCGAGCGUCUGUCGCCGACAAGUUCCUGUCGCACGACGUGCACCUUCGCUCGCACAGCCAGUCGUCCGACGCUCCUGCCGUCGCACGAUUCCCCUCCGCCGUUUCUGCUCCUGCCGCCGGCGAGCAUCGCGUUAGUGACUUCCCUCGCUAUGCACACACCCGCUAUGAUAGCAAGGCGCUGCCAAGAGCCGCUAGCGACCCCGCGCUUUCCGCUUUCUACGCGCGCGCACCUGCUGAGGCUGUCAACCCCCACGCCGACUCUCCCGCGGUCGAGGCGAGCUACGCGCUUUCCGAGCCUCUCUGGGAGUGGGAGGAAGCGACUCCCUCAGGCGACGCGGCAGGCAACGAUGAAGAGUCGCACGGCGACGACGACGACGACGGCGACGACGAUCUGCCUGGGAUCUCGGGGCGCGUGUACUGCGACGUGCUGGCGGGCGGAGGCGCUUCGCCAUCCGGCGAGCGACGGGAGACGGCGGACGAUGUGUCGGAGUGGCAGCAGCUGACGCAGGCCGUGCUGCUGUGCCUGUCCGGUGCAACGGCAGCGGAGAGCCGGCUGGAGGAGAGCGUCAAUGACGUGCUGCGAGCCAUCGCACUCGCACAGCCGGGAAGCGACGCACACGCGCAGUCGCAAACGCAGUCGCAGAAGUUGGGUAGAACAGAGGAGGGUGCAAGGGGAGGUGAGGAGGAUGGUGAGAGCAGCGGCACAGCGGCUUGCCCGGGGUGCGCCAAGUCGGCGGAGAGGGUGGCUCUGGCGGCUUUCCUUGCCGCUAUGGGGCAUGACGUCACCCUCUGCAAAUCCAUGUGGACGGCCAACCAGGAUAUGCCACCUGGCCACCACCAUUUUCUGGAAGUCUCACUUGAGAGCUUUGGUGCUAGUACUGCUAGCAGUGGGAGCCCAGCAGCCGUAAGCCCUGCUCCGCCAAACUUCAAGAGCAGCAAUGACAGCAGCAGCACCAGCAGCCGCAGCAAUGGCGCUACCGCCAGCGCCGUCCCCUCCCCCUGCGCGCGCGCGGCGGCGGUGGUGGACGUGUCGUUCCAGCAGCAGUUCCACGUGGCGCGUCCCUCGCGGCGCUACCAGCAGCUGCUGGCGCUGCUGCCGCGCGUGUUCGUGGGGUCGUCCGCGCGCCUGCGCGCCCUCGUGCGCCUCAUGGCGGCAGCGGCGCAGCAGUCGCUGCUCGCCGUCGCGUUGCCCGUCGCGCCCUGGCGCAAGGCGCGCUACAUGGCCAAGCUCUGGUUCCCGCACGGCGUUGCCGCCGCCGCCGCCACCGCUGCCGCCGCUGCUGCUCCUGCUCGGAUCGUCAUCGGUGGCAGUGCUGCCAAUGGGGCUGCGGCGGGUGGUGGCGGGGUGGAGGGCAGUGUGCGGAAUGGCGUGGUGCGCAGGCGCGUGGUGUGGGGGGCUGUGGCGAGUGGUGCAGCAGGUGCUUCUGAGGUGGGCGUGGCUAGCCUGCUGAGGCAGCUGCCGCUGUGCUGCAAACACGCUGAGAGGAGCAACAGCGCCGCACCAGCAUCAUCAGCAUCAGCGGCACCAUCUGCAGCCUCCUUGUCGCUGGUGGACCCUCGAGUGCAGCUGAUUGCAAGCAGGCUGCUCGCAGCGGACGCUGCUGCAGUGGGUGGUGCAGCCAUCACCACCGCACUGCACCGCAUCCGACUCAUGAUGGACCAGCUCAGCCGCACAGCCUCUGCUACCGUCACACCCACCACAAGCACAUCCCGCUCCGUGCUCGUCCCAUCUGCUUCUGCAGCUGCUGCGUCUGCCACCACCGCACCCCCCUCGCCCUUCGCCCCAUCGGCCCCUGGAGCAUGGAGCCCGCCUGCUGUGUCGCCCAAGCAGCGCCCUGCUAUGCGAGAGGGGUCGCUCACUCUACUGUUGCGGUCCCAGGAGAGGCAGAGGAGGGAGCAGAAAGAGGCCCCCAUGGCCUUCCACAUGGCCGCUGCUGUGUGACCGCUUCCACAUUGCCGUUGUUUGAGCGUUUCCUCACGGCCGCUGCCGUGUGAUUGCUUCCACGGCUAAUGGUUCCUCAUCUACUUUGACUUCUGCCUCUGCUUCUGCUGCCUAACGAUCCACGCAGCUAUACUUGGCCCUGGCCAUCGCCUAAUGUGCAUCAUGCAAUAAAGCCUCCUACCAGUUGCCGAUCUUGCGCCCUCUGUGGAUGUGUAUAUAGAUUUUUGUAAUCUGGCGCAAACACAAAUGCCACCAGUUCGUUCAUUGAUACUGUUGGAAAUAUC